GUUUGUCAGUGGUCACACAAAUCUUUUCCUGUCCUUCUCCUGCCAUGUCACUCGUGUCAUUUGACUGAAUCACCAAAGUCAGUGUAAUUUACUAAAGCUAGGUAAUGUUACUCGGCAAACCAGAGUUUGAUUACUACUAGCAUACAGCUAAGUUAACUUGGAUACCGUUAGCAUCUGCUAGCUAGGUAGUUAGCUGAGCCAAUGCAGUGCAGAGCUGCUCAAGUGAUCCUUUGUUGUGAUAAACCCUAGAAAUGGCUUAAAAGAACACUUUUCUAACUACCAGAAAACAGCCAAUUCCUGAAGAUAUCAGAUAACUCACCAUCAGUCCGGCAGGAAUGCCUUCUCUGUGUAUCCUAGCGACGAGACUUCAUCUGUGGUUUGCUGCGGAGAUGUAAUUUACACCAGAAAUGACUGUUGCCACCAAGCGCGAGGAGGUAGUUGUUUCUCCCAUCACUAAAAAAACGGUGCUUACAGGUAACUGUGCAGGGAUUUUUGGGCUCUUUCACACACCUGCACUCUUCUUCUAUGUGUCUAAGAACUGGCCAGAAACAAAAACUCUUCCUUACCUCACUGUUUUUCCUCCGCCUCUCCUGCCCUCUCUGGUCCUGUCAUCUUUUCUCCUCCUCCUCCUCCUCUUCCACCUCUCUCUAAGGAAAAGGAGUACCUGUGAGUCUUAACAUUGCUGCUGGGACGACUGAAUACAGCAGGUUUGGCAAAGACAGUGGCUUACAUAUCCUGUGUUCGAGUGUAACUGCCAGGCCAGCAGAAACAGGAGAAGUCAUUUGACACUGAUGUUUAAUUCAGGAUCUGCAGUCACUCCUCAAAGAAUGACUGGGAACCGUCGAGCUGCCCCGGCUGCACAGGGCACCCCUGCCACCCCAACCCACUUGUCAAAUGCGACAACCACCCCAGGCCAAAAAGAAUCUGGAGGCCACAGUCCCAAAAAGUUUAUGAGUGAACUGCGCAGCAUCCACAUGCCAUCAUGGGCUGUUGCUGCCCUCUGCAUCGUGAGUUUGUGCGUGGUGCUGUCGUGUGCUGUUUGCGUGUGGAAGAAGUGCUUGAAGAAGAAGGACAAGGACAAAGAAAAGGACAAGAAAAAGGGAAAGGAGAAGAGCAAGGGAGGCUUUGACACCGAAAUGGAUGGAGGUUACAGUGAGCCGCCGAAGGAUGAUGGUAACAAAGAAACAGAGCUAUCAGAUAAAGAGCCCAAGGAGGAAGAGAAGCUGGGGAGGCUACAUUUCACAUUAGACUACAACUUCACAGAGAAUACGCUGGUGGUAGGCAUCUUGCAGGCUACUGAACUUCCUGCGAUGGAUGUGGGAGGUAGUUCUGACCCUUACGUCAAAGUCUAUCUGCUCCCAGACAAAAAGAAAAAGUUUGAAACCAAGGUUCAUAGGAAGACCCUCGAACCCAACUUCAAUGAGACUUUCACAUUUAAGGUGCCAUACACUGAGCUGGGAGGGAAGACACUCGUGAUGACUGUGUACGACUUCGACCGUUUCUCAAAACACGAUGCUAUUGGAGCUGUGAGGAUACCAAUGAGCAGUGUGGACUUCAGCCAGACUCUGCAGGAGUGGAGGGAUCUGCAGAAGGCAGAGAAGGAGGAGAGUGAACGGCUUGGAGACAUAUGUUUGUCUUUGAGGUAUGUGCCUACUGCUGGGAAGCUGACGGUGGUGAUUUUGGAAGCCAAAAACCUAAAGAAAAUGGAUGUGGGUGGAUUAUCAGACCCUUAUGUGAAGAUCCACUUAAUGCAGAAUGGGAAAAGACUCAAGAAAAAGAAAACAACGAUAAAGAAGAACACUUUGAACCCUUACUACAACGAGUCUUUCAGCUUUGAAGUGCCAUGUGAACAGAUGGAGAAGGUGCAGAUAGCAGUGACUGUGCUGGACUAUGAUAAGAUUGGGAAGAAUGACGCCAUUGGGAAGGUGCUCCUGGGCGCUAACAGCACUGGGAUUGAGCAGUGCCAUUGGUCAGACAUGCUGGCUAACCCCCGGAGGCCAAUUGCCCAGUGGCAUAGCCUCCAACCAGAGGAUGAAGUCAACGCACUGAUUUCCAACAAGAAAUGAAACUGUGACCUCAGAGGGCUAUGAAACCCAACAGCAUUUACCUCAGCUACUUCCAUUUUAUGUUCCUUACCUAUCCCUCAAAUCCCUUAAAAAAACUUUUAGCUACUUAACUAAGUAAAUUUACCCAAUAAUACCCUGUUUUACCCAUGACACUAUCUGAGUCAAGUCUUCCUUCGGUAAUUCCCACCCCAUGCUUCUAUCCAAACUGCUACAAAGAGUUUUAAACAAAGAUGUAUCAUUAUGCACAGUGCUAUUAAACCAGAUGAGAUUUUUUUUAAACCUUU